CAAAGAGGAAAAGAGACAGGAGUGAGCGAGUCCAGGUUCCAAGUCACCAUAGAUAGGACAGAGAAAUAAACGGUUUUGAACAAGCGAAAAAACUGAAAAUACAGAUUUCAGGGUGACGCAAGAAACUAUAGAUAAUAUAACAGUUUUUUUAUGGGGGGUAGUGUUAGACUUAACAUUUUUUCCCCUUUGUUGUAAACCCGCAGUGGAGACGGUAGUAUUGUUUUGGUUGUGUGGAGGCACGGGCGGCGGGGGUCUCACCCGGGUCCCCUGUUCCUUUACUCACCGUAUCUACAGUGGACAUUAACGGCUUCGUGGAUGCACUUAGAUGUCUGCAAUGAGCGCUGUGGCUGGCAUGCCUCAGUGUUUUGGAUCCCCCUGCUCUGGACUCAGUAGGACAAGAAUUUAUCAGAAGAGAACGUCAUGAGCAUAGUCGUCCCAGUAGGGGUGGACGCAACAGACACCUCAUAUCUGGACAUGGCUGCAGGGUCAGAACCUGAAUCGGUGGAGGCCAGCCCUGUGGUAGUGGAGAAGUCCAGCUACCCGCACCAGAUCUACAGUAGCUCCCACCACUCACACAGCUACAUCGGCCUGCCCUACGCUGACCACAACUAUGGGGCACGGCCGCCUCCCACGCCGCCCGCCUCGCCGCCGCCGGCGGUGCUGAUCCGGCCGGGGGAGGGGCUGUUCGUGCCGGCGGCCCAGGACGAGGCGUCCCGCGGCACCACGCUCAGCACCUCGGAGGACGGCAGCUACGGGGCCGACAUCACCCGCUGCAUCUGCGGCUUCACCCACGACGACGGCUACAUGAUCUGCUGCGACAAGUGCAGUGUGUGGCAGCACAUCGACUGCAUGGGCAUAGACCGGCAGCACAUUCCCGAGACGUACCUGUGCGAGCGCUGCCAGCCCCGGAGCCUGGACCGAGACAGGGCCAUCGUGCUGCAGACCAGGAAAAGGGAGAACAUGUCGGAUGGGGACACCAGCGCCACUGAGAGCGGGGACGAGGUGCCGCUGGAGCUGUACACGGCCUUCCAGCACACGCCCACCAGCAUCACGCUGACGGCCGCACGGACGGCCAGCAAGCCGGCCGACAAGAAGCGCAAGAAGAGUGGUGAUAAAGAGCCGGGGACCGUCCCCGCCCGAGCCAAGAAGGCAUUCCGUGAGGGGUCCAGGAAGUCGUCCAGAGUGAAGGGCUCUGCUCCGGAGCUGGAUCCCGCAGACCCCCCCUCGCUGUGGGAGAGUAAGAUGAAGGCCUGGAUGGAGCGCUAUGAGGAGGCCAGCAGCAACCAGUACAGUGAGGACAUGCAGCUGCUGCUGAGGGUGAAGGAGGUGGCGGACGGCAAGACCAUCGCCUACAACACACACACCGCUGCCUUCAAGCCUCCUGUGGAGAGCCAGGUGCAGAAGAAUAAGAAGAUUCUGAAGGCUGUGCGGGACCUGGCCGCUGACUCCCUCAUCAUCGAGUACCGGGGAAAGUUCAUGCUGCGGCAGCAGUUCGAGGCCAACGGCUACUUCUUCAAGAGGCCGUACCCCUUCGUGCUGUUCUACUCGAAGUUCCACGGGCUGGAGGUGUGCGUGGACGCCCGCAGCUUCGGCAACGAGGCCCGCUUCAUCCGCCGCUCCUGCACCCCCAACGCAGAGGUGAGGCAUGUGAUUGAGGACGGAACGCUGCACCUGUACAUCUACUCCCUGAGGCCCAUCGUCAAGGGCAACGAGAUCACCAUCGGCUUCGACUACGACUACGGCAGCUGUAAAUACAAGGUGGACUGUGCGUGUCUGAAGGGGAACCCCGAGUGCCCGGUGCUCAAACACAACUCGGAGCCCACGGAGAACCAGGUGUCCAACGCUGACACGCGGCGCCGCCGGGGCCGCAAGGACAAGGAGCCACCCCGCGAGAGCGAGGGUGCGCAGAACCAGAACAUCACGCUGGACUGCGACGUCGCCAACGCCGGCGCCAAGGGCAAGGCCCUCGCCGACGGCAAGCAGAGGAAGCUGUCCCCGCUGCGCCUCUCCAUCUCCAACAACCAGGAGCCUGAGAUAAUUGAGGAUAUUGAAGAGAAAACGUCCGUUAGCAAUGAAGUAGAGAUGGAGUCAGAGGAGCAGAUUGCGGAGAGGAGGAGGAAGAUGGCCAUCCCAGUGGAGGAGUCCCAUCUGCCAGGCGGGGGGGGCUCCAGCUGGAUGGGACUGAGAAACAAGGAGACGCGCGAGGAGAGGAAGAUGGAGGCCAUCCUGCAGGCCUUCGCGCGUAUGGAGAAGAGGGAGAAGCGCAGGGAGCAGGCCCUGGAGAGGAUCGGCACCAAGGCCGACAUCAAGGAGGAGCCGCCCGCCACCCCCGAGGCUGAGCCCCCCGCCGUGCUGCAGCCGCUGCUGGAUGUGGUGAAGGAGGAGGCGGGGGUUGGGGUGGGGGCAGGGGCGGGGGCGGGGGCGAAGGCCGCAGCAGCGAAGGUGAGCCGCUCGAAGCAGCGGAAGAGCUUCUCUCGGAGCCGCACCCAUAUCGGGCAGCAGCGGCGGCGCGCCCGCACCAUCAGCACCUGCUCCGACCUGCCGCCCGCUUCGCCCGGGGAGUGCCCGGAGGCCCCGCCCAGCGAGCCCGCCGAGAGCCAAUCCCCCGUGGUGCCCGAGCCCGAGCCCGUCCCCGUGCAGCCCCCCGACGCCAGCCCCCCCCACAGCGCCUCCCCCGCGCCCCCCUGCCGCACCGCACACAAGUACCCCAAGACAAAAAAGCACUUGAUGAGUGAGUGGAUGGGAGAGAAGCCGGAACGCGUGGUGAGGACCCCCGAGCCGCCCCCAGAGCGCCCCCUGCGGAUCAGCAGCGACCCCGAGGUGCUGGCCACGCAGCUCAACUCCCUGCCUGGCCUGGCCUGCAGCCCGCACGUCUACAGCACGCCCAAACACUACAUCCGCUUCUCCUCGCCCUUCCUGGCCAGCCGCAGCCCCACCGUGCCCGGCGUGCCAAUCAGCCGGCGGCGCUCCCGCGAGCUGCAGGAGACCCCGCCCACCUCCGGCUCCUGCAAGAAGCGCUGGCUGAAGCAGGCUCUGGAGGAGGAGGGGUCUCCGAAGCACCCCACCUUCGUCCUGCCCAGCGAGGGGCCCCUCAGCCCCCCCAUUAACGGGGAUUCAGACAGCCCCCUCCCCAUCAAUGGCAGCUGCACUUUACCAGAGUUCCCCACCCCUCUGAAGAAGCGCCGCCUGUGCCCGCUGGACGCCUGCAUGUCGGAGGGCUCCACCCCCUACGGCUCGCCCUGCGCCACGCCCACCCGCGCCGAGCUCCCGGAGACACCCGGCACGCCCCUCCUCCUGGCCACCCCGCCCCGCACCCGCCCCGAGGACCAGAGCGCCGACCCCUCCCCCCCAACACCCACACACACCCCCCAGGCACUCGCCGCUCCACUGGAGAGUGACUCGUCUCCAGAGAGUUCUCCUGAGAGCAGCCGCAGACCCAGUGUCCAGGAGGCCGAACGCCCCCCUUCGUUGCUGUCCUCCCCCUGUGUGCGGGGCCCAAGUCUCGACACGCCCCCCCCGGAAAUUAGGACAGUGGGCACCCUGAGCCCGCGCCCGCCCCGGCCGGACCCCCAGGAGUGUGGGGGGGAUGAGGCGGGCGAGGGGGGCGUGGAGAGCUCUGUGGAAACCCCCCUGACGGACCCCCCCACGCCCUCCUACCCGCCGUGGAUGAAGAGCCCCGAGAGGGGGGGCCUCUCCUUCUCGCAGGUGAACUCCAACCUGCGCGACCUCACCCCGUCACACACCCUGGAGAUGGGCGCCUUCCGCCCCGACGCCGCACAGGCCCCCUUCAGCGAGGGGGGGCUCUACUACCCCUGCUCCGAGGAGGGGGGCGCCCUGGGCUUCCCCCGCUCGCUGGGAGGGGACGGAGUGGGAGAGGGGGCGGGCGGAACGGCGCAGAACCCCCCACAGAAGAAAAAGGUGUCCCUGCUGGAGUACAGGAAGAGGCAGCGCGAGGCCCGGCGCAGCGGCUCCAAGGCCGAGUGCGGCUCUCCCGUCUCCACGGCGCCCCCUCUGGUGGCACUGUGCGGCGCCGCUUUCGAGGUCGCCAUGGAGACGGCCCCCGAGCCCCCGGCGCAGACGGCGGCCCCUGCCUCCGAGACGGCCCAGCCGGGCGAGGCCACCGAAACGCCGCCCCAGGGGGAGAGAGAGGGCGGGGAGGGCCAGUGGACGUCCUCUACGUCAGUGGAGCAGGCGAGGGAGCGCAGCUACCACAGAGCGCUGCUGCUUAGCGACCACCGCAAGGACAGAGAUGCAGAUGGUGCGGAGGCAGAAGGCAGUGAGCAGGCCGUAGCAAAGGACUGUGCAUCUCCCAACUCACACAAGACCUGCAGGAGUCCGUCUGCACACAAGCCGUGUUCUCCUGGCCCCAGCGCGAGUCGCGCAGUGAAGGAGGAGGAUAGCGACGGUCAGCCCCGCGGUCCCUGCCUCUCUCCGUCCGUCCAGCAGCCCUGCAAGCCCCCCGGGCCCAAGACUGCUCCCCUGACCCCCAGCAAACUGCAGAACCUGUACCCGGGCUCGUCCCUGCUGCACUCCCCGAAGCCCCAGCCUCAAGGCUCCCCGUACCGCGGCCAGCGCUCCUUCCUGUCCACACAGCCCCAGCCGCAACCCCAGCCCCAGGCCCCUCCCUGCCCCGCCUCCUUCUCCCAGUACAGCCCCCAGAGCGUGCCCCCGCCCCCGCCUCCGCCCCCGCCAGCGCCGCCUGCAUCUACCAGUUACUUCCCUGGCCAGACGGCGCCCCCUGCUGGACCCUUCCCAGGGUACAAGCCCGCGGUGGUGUCUCCCUUCCCCCCCGGCUCCCAGCCCCUGAUACAGAGCCACCACGCUCUGCAUUACCAGAGCUCCACGGCGCCCCCGCCCCCUCCGCCCCCGCCCCCGCACCCCCAGCAAGGCCCCCCGAUUAUGCACGUCAACAUGGCCCCCCCGAUGCAGCAGCACCAGCUCCUGUUGAGCUCGGCGCCGCCCCCGCCCCACGUGAUUGGCUCCGCCCCUCCACCCCCUCCCCCACCCCCCCAGAGCCAGGCCCCCCAACAGCAGCCCAGCAGCGGCAAUCUCCUGUCUCUGCAGCAGGCCCCGCCUCCGCCUCCACCCCCGCCCCCUCCUCCCUCCGCCUCCGCCAACCCCCCCCUACAGGCGGCGCAUCACUACCCAAGCAUGGGGGGGUUCCAGGCACCCCUUCUGCACCCGGGGGCGACCAGCGCCCCAAACGCGCCCCCCUCAACCUACCAGCCCCACCAGCAGGGCGUGCUCCCGCCCCCGCCCCCUCCCCCACCUCAACAGGCCCCGCCCACACAGACACAGGCCCCGCCCUCUCAGAUCCCCAGCGGUGUUCGGGGAGCCCCUGCCUCCUCCGCCCCUUUUCACAACGCAGGGUACCUUGGCACGGGGUGGCACUGACAACCCCCCCCCCCCCCCAAAUAAAAAAACCCUACGAACUCGCCGAGAGACGGGGGUGCAAAGAUACCGUGUAAAAUGACAUGUAAAUAUUUUCUAUGUACUUGUACACAAAGCCAACGGAAAAACAGGACGAAGACAAAGGGUACUUUUUUUAAAAAGAGAGAAGAAAAAAGAGGGCAAAGCAAUCCUGUAAAGAGACUUUGUAUAAAAAGAAAAACAGACAAAUCCGGUGCUCAUCACCCUCUCUCUGACAUUCUCUCCUCAGAGUCGUCUUUCCUAGUUUCGUCUUUUUUAUUUCUGUACCCCUCCCCUCCCUUUGGCUGAGAGCCCCGUCUGUCCGUCCGUCUGUCUGUCUGACGGUCCCCCGGCCGUCUGGCCCAGCGUUUUCUGUAUCAAUGGGACAUUCCACCCCCCGCCCCCUCCUCCCCCGUCUGUCUGUCCGUCUGUCCGGACACGUCUCUGUCUUCACGUUUGUCUUCUUUUCCUCUUGUAUUUGUUUAUUUAGUGGCUCAAUUUAGCGAGAAAAGAAA